ACUAGGUCGACGUGGAUAUCAUGGGUAUGGAGCACCAUGGUAGUGCCAGUACAGAGCUCAGACCCGGGUUACGGAGACUUUGAACUGGUUGAUGCCGAUCACUUUAAUAUAUGCAAACCUCGCUCCAAAGAGGAUCCGCGGUACACGCGCGUGGUGGAUUUUAUUCGCAGGGUCAUGCAGGAAUACGAGGCCCAGGAGAUGGGUCGGUUGGGAGGGGAUGGGUGCAGUACAUCCACGCAGCAGGUCAGUGUGGAUCAGUCUAGGUUAGAUACCAGUGACAGUGCCAACAGCACCCAGGAAACAGAGGAGGCGGACGAGAACGUGGAUGAGGGCUUGGGUGCGGUGCUGUUGGAGAGUCGGGGGGAGAUCAGUACAGAUGAAAAUACGCGGCAGGCUGGGAAGAGCGCCGAUGACAAGUAGGUAUACCAGGGUGGGUAUACGUAAGUUGGUAGUCGGUAUACAAAAGUUGGCAGUAGGUACAUAUUUGGUAUACAUAGUAGGUAUACAUAACCGGUAGACAUAAUUUGUGUACAUAAUUGGUAUACAAUCGCGGGAAUCACUCUGUGAGUUGACAUAUACAUGCGGCGCUCCUGUACAAGAGGAUCUGCAGGUAUGCAUGACUCGUGGUAGUGUUACGAUGCCAUGGCUUGUUAUGUAACGCAGGUAACAUCUUAAGCACGAUGUGAGUUAGUGAUAUUUUAUGCCCGAGGCGGUAGUAGCGAUUAUGAGAAGUGUCGAUAAUACAAAACGGAGGGAAGGCGAUGUCGAACGACAACAUAACCUCCAUCUGCCAAUGGGCGAGUCGAGUCACCAGUUGCGUAGGGUGUACGGCGACCAUUUCUUCCAAUCGAGUGUGGGGGUAUGCCUGCAUGCCUGUAACUAAUACUUUAGCGAGACAAUUGCCUUAAGCCAAUGAGAGCAUAUGUUUGCACGACGAUGUCUAUGAAUUGGGUGACGGUGUCGGGAGUUGUGUAUGCGACGUGUCGGCGUGCGACGUUUCUAAUACAGGUGCUCUGGACAUACCGAGGUGACAGUGAUCGCCCGAAGUGAUGUUCUGUACUGGAAGCUGGGUUGCUGACGUAGUGCACACAGUGGCCGCAACUACCAGAAAAGGGCAUCUGCCUUUACUGCCACUGGAUAAUAAAAUGCGAGUAGAGGAAAAACACAGAUAGGCGUCAUAGUACGCACGGCAUCGCAACACAUUGCUAGCUUAACG